GGAGUGGUAACUGCAGGGCACCACACUCACUUGGCACUACUUAUGCUCCUGCAUCACUCUUUAGUGACCGAUACUUAGCCGUUUUAUAGAAUGACAACGUCACACGGCCGCUUUUCCAUAACGAAGUCACAUCCAUAUACCAGAGGCUAUGAUCAUAAGUGAAAUGUAUUUAAUCUGCGUGUCCAUAAUGCGCACAUGCACUUUUCGUUCUCUAUUUCAAGGUUUCUUUUAUUCUGACAUCCCCAUCGAACUCUCCUCAGUCUCUCAAUCCGAAGACCAAGUUCUCCUCUUGUUUCUAGUCCGACCCUCUCUUCAUUUGAGACUAGCCUUCCUGUCUCUACUUCCCAUGGAAGCUUCUUCCAAACCGACAGAUGAAAGUUUGCAUUCAUAUGAUGCACUCCCAUAUGCCCAGGACUUUGACUCGAUGAUAUCUGAUGCGAAGUUCAUUGGUGAUACUAGAACCGAUUUCUACGACCGCAGUCUGACGAGCUGCAAAUAUGCCCUUGUCGGAGUGGCAUGCUCAAGCAUCUUCGGCUGCUCGUGCAUCAUUGCAAGCAUUGUCAUUUUUCACGUUCACGGAGCCUCGGGAGUAGCCACGACCAACAAAGCUUUCCUUACUCGUUCGGAGGCAUUGACAACGACACUUACCUUAAUCGUUACGUUGUGCACCGAGUCCAUAGGCUUCGUACAUGGCAUCUCAUUGCGCUCUGCGCUAGCCUCAGAGUCUCGACUUCAUUUCAACACCAAUCUCCGCCUUCUGACUGCAGCUCGCGGGUGGUAUAACCCUAACGGCGCACUGCUUAAUGGUAUCUCGGCUCUCCUCCUCAUUAUAUCCUACAGCUCGGCCUCACUCGUCGUAUGUCUUGACGUUUCCCCCGAGUCGACAGAUCUCCAAGUUGUAGUCGCAGGGAUGCCUCUCCUCAUUUUGGGUGUCACACUUCUUCUCCAGGUGAUGAUCGCAUUGUCAGCGAUGAGGGCUGUCAAAAUAUUGACAUGGAGCUCCUCAUCUUUCCACCUGACCGCCGCACUAGUUCACCACACCCAAUUGACCCCCGCCACUCUCCGGUGCAUGCGUUGUGUGUCUGACCUGGACACAUAUGGAGGUCCAGCGAAGCCACGAGAGGUACAGCCCUCUGCGUGGCAUGCUCACCCUAGCAUCCGGAAAGUUGUCAUGUCUCUUUGGGUGAUCGUUGUAGCAUAUGCUGGAUGGGCCGCACUCAUCAUGUAUAUCUGGGACAAGUGGACCGGCUCGUAUCCAAUGGCCUCCAAUGCGCUGACCCUACAAACGUGGUCGUUCCUCUACAACAUGCAGUCCAAUUUCAUCGCGAUUGGUAUAUAUGGUGUCAACCAUCGCGUGGGCCGUGGAUUCUACUCUAUCUCAUCGCAAAUGUCAUUCGAGACGAAAGACAGUGGAUUCAUGAUAUCUAACCCCGCAUCUGACGGGGAACUACUAGUAGCAGGGCCGUGGAUACUCAUGUUCACUGCCCAGAUCUGGAGCUUAUGCUUUGCACUCAUUAUAUUUGCCUGCUUCUUCACUUUCGUUGCACUGCGCCGACCGCGUGGUCCCCAGCCUGCUGCAUAUGGCCACGUCCAGACCCUCGCCAACCUCGUGGACGAGUGGUCGUCUGUGAUGUGGUGGGGACACAAGGAGGACGGAAUUUCGUACUGUCAUGCUGGUAGGGGACGAGCGAUCACCCCGCUGCCAGAUGUGAAGAUGGACUGCGUUUAUGCUGGUUCCGGUGCUGAGUCUCGGGUACCCUUCUCAGGAGCUAAGUAUAUCCUCAUCAGUGUCCUGUUGUGGUUGUCGCUUGGCGUCUUACCUUGGCUCAUUUCUCUCAUAGUAUACAUCGUCCAGAUAGCUGGCGGUCACCGUGACACGGCCCAGAAUGUUCGUAUGUCAGGGACUGGCAGCGCCGGCCAGAGCGCCGUUACGAUAAAUGGUAUGAUUAAUAUUGUGUGGCAGAUGGGCGGCGAGACCGCAGAGGCGUAG